AUGGCACGACCAUAUCGCCCUGGCGGCCUCGAGUUCCGCUCGCAGUCCUUCGACCCCAGUUAUGCCGGCAUAGGAAGCUCCGCCGGCGCCAGCGCCAGCAGCCUCUCCCUCGCCGACAUACCCAGCCCACAGGCUGGCGAAGUGCCGCCCGCCCUCUCCCCUCUGGACGCCCUCGCGCUGCAGGGACGUCUUCUGGCGAAGCGCUUCGAGCAGGCCGACCGGAGCGGACGGCGCCUCAGUCGCCUGGCCCCGCUCACCAUCCAGAAUGAGUUUGGCCACCGCCCAGGCUACUUCACGUCGCUGUCCAAUUCGGCGCUCAACUCUCCAAACGAUGACCUAUGCCCUCCCAACGACCAGCAGGCGCCCGCCAGCCCAGGACGGAAGCCGCAGGUGUCGCCUCGGCAGGUCCAGGCUCCUGAGAGGCAUAAGUCUUUCAUGGGACAGUUCGGCGGCGACGAAAUGAAUCAUCUCCAAUCGCCCCACAUGCGGAUGCCUCUGGCGUCAAUUGGAGAGAUCAGUCCUGCUGGCUCGCCGCAGGGUUACUUCGACAUUCCAAGAUCACGUUCUCCAGAAGCAGCCGAACACCACAUUGACAUCCGCGAAGCUACGCCUGUCAGCCCGACUGUGCCAGGCCCAACCUCGCGGAUGUUCCUCAGCCCCCAGCGGAACCCAUCGUCGGACUCGCAACCUAGAUCGCCCAGGUCGCGCCCUCAAGCUAACCUUCUGCCUCCGAGGUCGUCCAGCUCGCUGCACUCUCAGCGCUCUCCCAGGCAAUCGCCCAGCAUCAGGUCGGUUCAGGACAGCUCUGAUGAGGUCGAGGACAUGUCGCUGAGCGCCUCUUUCGAGUCUUUGCAGCCGAACAGGAGUCGAUCGCCUAGCUUCCGUGCCCAGUCUCCCUUCACGCGACCUGCACAACCACCCCUUGCUCGUUCUACAUCGCAAUCUUCUGAAUACUCUGUCGGUGGCUCUUACCUCCCUCGCCCGUCCUUCAAUUUUUCUAGACCUAUGAGCAGGCAGAGCCAAAGACCGUCGGUCGAUGUAAGGCCUCCAUUUGGCCCGCCAUCGCGACAGCCUUCUGAGGAGAGUGUAAACAUGAGGGUAUCCUACGAUACUAGCGUCAGACUCCAAGAGUACAUUGACAGCCCUACUACAAACUAUCAUAACGAGACUGUACAUACGCCCGUUAGUAUGGUCAGCGAAGAUUGCUUCCGUCGAUCAGGCGAUUUCACAACCAAUCCCGUACCAUCUUACACCUACUCCAAAUUUGACCUUCCCCGAGGCAGGAAGCUGGAUCGAAAGUCUGUAGGCGCUGAGGAUUUCCUCAACGACCAGAUCACAUGGGACCAGCCAAAUCAAAAGCAAGCACGGCCGCCAUCGCCGGAAUCGCCGCCCCGUUCUUUCGAAUCGUCACGAUCACAGCAGCAGCAGCAGCAGCAAUCAACGCCUGCUCGCGAUGCCGCGUUGAACCGCGGAGCACCAUCACUUACAUCGAGCAAUAGCACGAUACGUGGCCCAUCUACCACAGUUGGCGCCGAAGUCACUGCGCAGGAACACUGUGACAAGGGUGUUGAACUUCAUGAGGCUGGUGAGCUUCUGAAGUCUACCUAUCAUCUGCGUCUCGCUGCUCGUGCAGGUCUCCCGGAGGCCAUGUUCUGGUAUGGCCUGGCUUGCCGCCAUGGCUGGGGUAUGCGCGAGAACAAAUCUGAAGCGUUGACGUGGCUGCGUCGCGCCGUCGAUUCUGGCCAUCUAGAAGUUGCCGACGAUGAGGACCAGUCCAGACAUGGGCGGCCAAUUGACAUCGUCAAGAAGAAGCAGCACAGAGCACGUUAUGGCGUCGCAAUCUAUGAGCUUGGGAAAUGCUACAUGAACGGCUGGGGUGCGGCUCAGGACAAGACUCUUGCGCUUCGUUGCUACGAGAUUGCCGGAAACUGGGGCGAUGCUGACGCUUUGGUGGAAGCCGGAUACUGCUAUGCUGAAGGCGUCGGCUGCAGGAAAGACAUGAAGAAGGCUGCCAAGUUCUACCGUGCUGCGGAGGAGAAGGGAGUGAGCAUGGUCGGUAACAGUUGGAUCUACAAAGACAAGUACAUGGACGACUUCACCGCCUCGGAUUCCCGGUCCGUCCGCUCAGGACGCUCGGCGAAGAAAGACAACUCGGAAAAGAAAGCCCGCGACAAGAGCCGGACAAGAGCCCUCUUUAGUCGCAAGAAGAGUGGUGCUGCAUCUCCGAUGCCACAUUAA